AUGGCGAUGGAUGAGCGUAACGAGCUAUCCGAAGAAAAGCCAAGCCCCAUAGGCUACCCGGCGACUUGUGACAUAAGCUACCCCACCGUCAAGAGAAAUACCAACGGUGUAGGGGACGAUCCCGAAACCACCGAGUCGGAACACCCUGGGGCUGACAAGAUAGUCUUCACUUCUGAAGAACGAGAGAAGGUCUUGGCUCUGCAUCACGACGCCCUCGUCAUCUCGCUUACUAUAGUGAACUGUCUGGUCAAGAGGAUGCUGGUGGACAGUCAUAGCUCUUGUAACAUCAUCUUCCAGGCCGCAUAUCAAGGUCUAGGGCUGGAGGAAAAUGCGCUGAUACGCAAAGCGACCCCCCUCAUCGGGUUCAGCAGAGAAAUCAGACAAACAACGGGGCAAACCAUCCUUCCUACCUACGCCGAAGGAGUCAGCUUACACACCAAGUUCCUGGUCGUUAACUGCCACUCUUCCUACAACGGGAUCUUGGGCCGAGCAUGGAUUCACAACAUGGGGGAGGUCCCCUCAACUCUCCAUCAGAUAAUAAAAUCCCCCACACCCUGGGGCAUUAGAGCGAUUAAAGGAGAUCAAGAAACCGCUCGCCACUGCUACCAGGUCGCUCUAAGGAAACGGGUUGAGGUAGCUCCAUCCUCGCAAAGCUAG